UGUUUUGCAGCGUCAUGACGUCACGCGUACAAUCCAGGAAGUAAGAGCGCAUCAAAACAACCGGGAGGAUAUGCCGCUUUAUUAUGCUCAUUAUACUAAACAAAGUAAGUGGUUCGCUAAACACAAAGUAUAACGGUGAUAACGUUUUUAUGUAUCACGAGUCAGUUUGAAGUGGAGAGCAUACAUUAUAAGGAAAGACGCAAAUCGAGGCUAAGCUAGCUGUUAGCAUCAAGACGAGACGAAUAAAAUGGGAGUAAAAGGUCUUCAGUCUUUCAUGGAGCGCUGCUGUCCAGAGUCUUGCUUGACGGUCAACCUGGGAGACAUGGCCAGACAAAAGAUUUCCUCGGACACCACGACCAGUCCCACACUUGUUGUGGAUGGGAUGGCCUGCCUGCGCCACUGGUACACCUGUAAAGACUGGGUGUGUGGGGGUCAGUGGAAGGAGUACAUGAGCAUCCUGAGAAGCUGGAUAGAGAGGUUUACUUCUGCAGGAAUUAAACUGGUCUUCUUCUUCGAUGGUGUGAUUGAGGAAAAGAAGAGACAUGAAUGGGUGAAGCGGAGACGAAGAGUGAAUGGGGAGGUGUGUAAAGUAUUUUGUUACAUUAAGUUACACGGAGAACAACCGGGAAGAAAUCUCUUCUGUCUGCCUUCUGGCUUGGCAUCAUUCACACCCUUUGCCCUCAGGUCAUUAGGGCAAGAAGUAUUCAGCUCAGUGCAAGAAGCUGACUAUGAGAUUGCCUCUUACGCUCGUCGCCAUGGCUGCAUGGGCAUUUUGGGACAGGACUCUGACUUUAUCAUAUUUGACAGUGCUCCUUACUUUUCGGUGGCGAAACUGCACUUAGACAGCCUCACCACUGUCCUAUACGACCGGCAGAGGCUUUGUCAAGCCAUUGGGUUGUAUGUUAGCCAGUUACCGCUGCUGGCCUGUCUCCUGGGUAACGAUGUGGUACCAGGGGAGAGAAUGCAAACUAUCAGGAACAAUGCUAUGGCAGCAUACAGAAAGAAAUGUGCCACAGCACCCCAGGAGCAGAUAGUCUUCGCUGUAUCCAUGCUUGUCAGCUCUUUGUGUGACGCAGAGGAGAACGAGACUGGGCUUGUCCCUCAGUCUCUGACCCUGUCCACUGCAGACAGAUGCCUCCUGGAAAAGGGGAUUUGCUCCUAUUUGCUGCCUAUACAGGAAACUUCUCAGCAGGAUGAUGCACCUCCUCUUACCUCUGGCCAUGCAUUUGAGAAAUAUGUCAGUCCAGAAAUAUUAAAGGCAUGUAGAGAACAGCAUAUGUCUGCACAGAGUUUCAUGGUUUACAAUGUUCUGUGCAAUGGACUGAUUGAAUGUAGCAACAGUCUGGAGGAUGAGGAAGAGGAUGAACUGCUACCUCAGGCUGUGGUCUAUAAGACCUGCAGACAACACAUCUAUAGUCUGCUACUGCUUAGGCAGGGCUAAUGCGGAAGCGAGGAACUUCCAGCCAUCAGAGAAUGGUUUGUCUACCCAGGCAACCCUUUGAAAGAGCCCCAGAUGGUUCAGCCCAUCCUCGCCAGCUUUCCAUGUGAACGACCAAGUCUAGAUGUUCUGUGGUUCGGUUCUGGACCUGACGUUUCCACUCUUCGUCUAACGAGCUUCUUUUCGAUAUUCAACUGCCAGGAGGUUGCUGAGUUGCAUGGAGCCAUCGAAGACUUUCUGCUCGCUGCUCUUUGUCUGGUUACCUACAUUGCCCUCCAGGUACCAUCUUUAUGUUCAGAGGACGUGGAUGCGUACCUGAGUCAGGCUGUGUGUCUCAGCCUUAAAUCUCCACAAGAGCUUCAACAGAUCAAGCUGCCAUUCCUCUGCAGUCGUGCGGUCCAGCUGGGCUCUCUGUACGUCCGAGGACUGGGCCACCUGCUGGGAGCCAACUGUGCCAGCGGCUGCCCGCUGCCCAGCGGCGCUCUCAUGCCUUGGCAUAGCUUUGACGGCCGGCUCUUUCACUCCAAGUACCUGUUGGCUCAUAGCGCCACUAAGGAAAAUGUGCUGCUGGACAACAAUCAGCCCAGUCUGUCUUUGUUUAUCCGACUGAGAGAGAAACUCGUACAAGUUUGCACAAAGAGAAGCAGAGUCUUGCAGUCCCGACCCAGAGCCAACGUGCUAGAUCAAAGUCACAGAACACGAUACAGAGAUGGACACAAAGGUGUUGAUGACAACUGGCGAGAGCGAGGAGACGCAACAGCAGGAGGAUGGAGGGAAAGUGGACAUUUAAGUAGUGAAAACAGCAGAGAGACAGUGCAGCAGAGACCAGGACACAGAAGAGGAGGAAGAGGUCAAUAUUUUCACUCUCACUUCCAUCCUCCAUCCAUCAAUGUGAACACGAGAUCUCGGCCUGAGCAGACUUACAGCGGAUGGCGUCACAGCAGGGGGAGAUAUCAGCAGGCACCCAGAUGGGGUCAUCCUCCCGCUCCUGAGACAUUAUCUCACCCUGCCAGAGAGAGGAGAGGAGCAGAGGAUUAGAAGCACAGGACUUGAGGAGUUAAGAGGGUAGGAAAGCUGGUGAAAGGAGUGAUGGAAUCAAGUUUCUCUGAACAAACUGAGUACUGAAUUUGCAGUCAAGAAUGUUUGUCCAAAGGAUGUUCUAGUUAAAAAUAGAAGGAAAUAGGGAGAGAUUAAGAACUUUGAAACCAAACAUUUGUCAAUUUGGACAUGUUUUUUUUUCCUCAAGAAAAAGUCGUGUGUGGUAUUUUGAACUCUACUGACAAGCAAACAUAAACACGCCACUUCAAAGGUGAACUAAGAAGAUGAUCAAUAUCUAAUCAUCUAACCCACAGGUGUCAAACUCAAGGCCCACAGGCCACAUCUGGCCUGCCACAUAAUUUAAUGUGGCCCGCGAUAACCUUAACCCUAACCCUAUCCUUAUUAAUUGUUUGCUAAAAUUUGAUACAUUUUUGACAGAAAAACAUUGCACCACAUGCAACUGCAGUUCUCCCUAACCCAAUAUGAUUUAAUUCAGAACGCAGUUCUGAGCAUUUUUGUCAUUAAAAGCCUUUUUUAAAUAAAUUGUACAAUAGCUGAACUUAAAUAUCUGCUUGUCACCUUGACUUCUACAUGCAAAGAAAGUUUUCCAUCAGUUUGUUGGCAUCCAAUAUGUGAAUAUUCCAAUGAAGGGGCAAUUGUGUAAUAGUAUCAUGGGACGAUCAUUCUGUACAUUUAUAUUGUUUUGCAGUUACUAGCAGGCCCUUGAGGGUAGCCAUAACUGUGCUAAAAAUUAGUUUGAUGCACCUGAAACCUGUUUAUUUUAAACUAAGGGAAAAAAUCAGAAUGUUGCGACUUAUUACCACAAGUCCUCUAGUAUCAUGUAUACACUUGUCCCAUGUAAUACUCACUACUACGUUGUUGAUUUAUUGUACACUUUUCUAAACCAGGACGUAUGACACUGUACAAUUUAUUAAAUGUACAGACAAUAUGCAUAAUGCAUGAUUCAAUAUCACUAACGGUCAUGCCAGUGUAAAAAAAAGUUAAAUUGUGUAACCAACCCCUAACUGCUAUGGAUGUGAGCACUCACAUUUAAUUAUUUUUUGUUUACUGUAUUAUUGAGACUUAGCCAUAGUGUACUGAGCAACUCAGACCAAUUAUAUGGUUGUUACACUUUAAGCGUGUGCCAUCACUUUUUUACAUUAUGGCACAGAUAUAAAGUAGCGACCAGCUCAGCUACCUGCAACAAGUGCUUAACGUUGAUACUGUGCAAGUAACAUCCUGUAAAUAAAGCUUCCUG